AUGGAGGAGAAGCCAGAUGAAGCUGCCCUACAAUGGCUCGAGGUAGACGAUACGGACGGCGCGAUCGAGAGACACUCCGCGAUUCUCCAGCAAAACAUCAGAACCAACAAUCUGCGCCAUCAAAAUGAGAAGCGGGCGCUAGAACGUAACAACACAGAGCUCCUUGUUCGCUUGCAGAACUUAGAGCGAGAACACGAGGAGCUGAAGUGUCAACUCGAGGCCGCCAUCCAGGCUUCGACGAGUGCCGCACCGCAAACUAAACCCCUGUCGACAACCAACACGAGUGCUCCCCCACGUAGUUCUGCGACGGUUUCUACACAAGAGGCCACAGUCCCUUUCCACGAACAUAAAGAACUCGAGCGCAUGUACCAUGUUGUCCUCAGGGAAAAUGACGGGCUGAGAAUAAACUCGGAAAGGCUGGCCAAGCAACAUGACGUGAUGAAAGGCCGGGUUAAGGAAUGGAGCACAUGGGCGUCAAAGGAGCGCGAGAGACGGCGUAAGGACCGUCGAGAAAACGCAACAGAGAAGUCCGUCAAAAGCUCUCUUGUUGACAUGGACAGACCGCCAACGCCUAUGAGCAACGUAUCGCAAUCCUCAAAGGCGCAACCCACACCAGAACACGGCCUGGAACCAGGAGAUAUGCAUAAAACAAUCGUUGAGCAAGCCUUUCAUUUCCUGGAACACCAUGAAAGUCCUUUAAGGGGAGCCUCGGCUGCAGCAGACCUUCCUGAAACCAUCUUAUCUGAUGGCCACCAGCUUCCAGAUGAACUCCCACAAACGUAUCAUGUCGCUGAUAUACAUGCGGCGCUUCAACAACAGCAGCAUAUGAAAGACCUAUCUAAACCACAAAGGAUGCUGUCUAGCCAGCAAGAUCAGGUCCAAGCACCGUCGCACUCCCGCAACGGUUCUUUGAGACUUACUUCGAGCCAAACAACUCAGGAUGUCGAUGAUGAUCACGAGAACAUGCAGGACGCAGGAAAACAUGUUGGUCAGCAUCACUCUUCUGAUGACGAGCCAACAAUCGUCUCCGAAAGGUCCCUGAAACGAAGGCAUCCAAGCCAUGUCCAAGUGCAUCAAGAUUCUGUAGGACGACAAUCGGGGCCAUCUCCUCAUGUCAAAGCGGAACCUUCUGAUACUCAAGCCACUGCACCAGCUGUCCCUGCUCUUCUCAACAGAGUCAGCACCCUUGAUCUUGAUGCUAUGGGAAUUCAAAUACAGACACCACGGAAGCGGCGUCGCAUGCAGGAUGCCAUUGACAGUUCGCAGCUGCAGGGUGAAGUAUGGGCAAAAUCACGUCCAGCGCUACUUCGUGAACGGUCAUCAAGCCUGCCCUUAGACUUUCCUCAGAAGACGGGGUCUGCCAAAGAGGCGAAGCUGGAGGCGCACGACAAAGCCGCCAUUUAUGAACUUCCUGAUUCAGAUCCCAGCCCUACGGCUGAAGAGCAAGAUGACCCGCUGGGUUCCGCAACGGCUAUCUUGACGAGAAGUCCAGACAAUCCACGUAAAGCGAGCGCGCUACGCUCUCGAGAUGUCAAUAUACAACCACGACCUCGUCUUGAGACCUUCUCUGCCCUUCGGCCUCGACGACGCGGCGACGAGAACAGAGGGGCGAAGGCUGUACCAAUGCUAUCAGAGGAUGGAGAGGACACAGAGAUACGCGAGCUCUCUCCGCUCAAGAUGCAGGAGUCAGAUCGGCGCUUUGCCGAAUUGUACGAGAAUCCACCGCCAGCGCGGAAGGCGCUCAAAUCACCAAGGACUCCGGCCCCCAACAGUGCCACCCGAGCAUCUCCAAGGUCAACUGUGGCAAAAAGGCGGGACGCAGCAACACCUAAACUCCGAAAGGCAGCCGCUCAAACCUCUUCUAAGAAGCACUUGACCCCUCAACCCCUAACACCGCAAACGGGAACUCGUACACCGAACAGCACCCGCUCGUUACGUCAACGUCAACGUCAACAGGCUCCCUCAGUUCCCCUACGCACCAAAACCAUAUCUGACCUUAACCUUUCUGACUUCAAGAUCAAUCCUAACGCCAACGCUGGGCUUGACUUUGCCUUUACGGAAGUCGUCCGCAAUCAUGAUGUUCGGCGUUGCCUUCCUGGAUGCACUAAGUACGAGUGCUGCGGCCGCGAACUCCACGGAAUGGUCCGGGCUGGCCUGAAGCCCCCGCUGCCGCAUAGCUUCUGGGAAAAUUCGCAGUCUCAGCAAGAACGACCUUUCAUAAACGAGCAGGAGGCAGAGGACCACAGGUACCUCGGGUGGUUCAUGGGAAGCGGCUACUCCCGCGACCGCGUCGAUGCCAUGCCUAUCGUUCAACGUGAGGACCUCGUUGUCCAAGCUAAAGUCAAGCUCCUGGCCAACCAAGUAGGUCGUCAUAGGAAUGCGCAUGAGCGCUCGCGCACACCACCAGGAUUUUGGCGCGUAGAUUUUCCAGGAACGCAGGAGAGGGAGAAGGAUAAGGAAGAAGCCCAAAGAAGGGAGAGAGAGGUAGUUGAGGAAAGGUGGAGAGAAGCGAUGACGGAGGGCGGGCGGUGGAAAUUCGUGGACGAGUGA